AUGACGCAUUUACCUAAAGUGGAUUGGAGAGUGCUGGUUUGUAAGAAUCGAGCUAGACCUCGCGCGGUGUUUAUCCUCUGGCUGGCAUGUCAAAACAGGCUCGCUACGAAAGACCGUAUUGUCAAGUUUGGAGUUGCUACUGACAGGAAGUGCAUGUUUUGUAGUUGUAAUGAAGAUGUGCAACAUUUAUUUUUUGAAUGUAACUAUACUAAGAAGGUUUGGGAAGCUGUUUUGGGGUGGCUGAAUAUUAACCACAAUGUCCAAGGUUGGUGUCAAGAAAGGAAGUGGUUGGAAAAAAUUUGCAGAAGCAAGAAUUGGAGAAGCAAGUUUGUACAGGUAGCGAUAGCGGAAACAAUCUACACUGUUUGGAUAGAGAGGAAUAAAAAGGUGUUUAAUAGAGAAUAUAGUGAAGGGCUUUUAGUGGAUAGUAUUAUAGAGAAUAUUGUUAUUAGAAUAUGGGUGAUUCCUAAAUAUAGAGAAAGAGUUGCCAAUCUUUUGGUGAAUUAG